CCCUUUCUUCUUGCUUUCUCUCCGAGAAAAAAAACAAAAAUGUGGAGAACAAUAGACAGUCACCUCAAAACAAUUCGAUUACCAGUCCGUACAAUUUUAUUCUCAAAAUCACCACCGCCCAAAAACCCUAAUCUUAAUUAUUACUCUAAUUACUCUCUUAAACCCUCACAUUAUCCUAAACCCCAAACCCUAAACCUCUCAAUUUCAACUAUUUCCCCUCCUCUCAGUUUCAAUGGACGCACUCGUUAUAGUGAUUCCAAUUCCACUUCCCAUUUAGGGAUUUUGAGAUGCGUCUCUUCUAUUUCCUCCGCCUCCGCCUCCUCUGUGCCGCAGCAGCCGCCGCAUACGGCUGCCGUGGAGUGGAAUGAGGCCGGUUUGGAUGCUGAAGUUGUUGAUAGUGAUGGUAUUGGAAAUCGGGAGCUUGAGGAUUCUAAAAUAUCUAUUCCUGUUCGAGCCUUUUUUUUCUCCACUAGUGUGGAUUUGAAGAGCUUAAUGGAACAGAACAAACCGAAUUUCAUCCAACCAGCUUCUCGUAUGACUAACUAUGUUGUUCUUAGAUUUGGAAAUUUCUCCGAGCUAGAUGCAUCACGAACUUGCAUAAUCGGAAGCAAUUGCUGUUACAUGGUAGUGUUUCAAUAUGGAUCUAUUGUCUUGUUUAAUGUUCGUGAACAUGAAGUUGAUGAUUACUUGAAAAUCGUAAGAAAUCAUGCUUCAGGAUUGCUUCCAGAAAUGAGAAAGGAUGAAUAUGAGGUGAGAGAAAAGCCAACAUCGCAUACGUGGAUGCAAAGUGGAUGUGAUUACAUAAUGUUGCAGUUCUUAAAUAUUGACGGAAUCCGUACAAUUGGUAGUGUUCUUGGUCAAAGUAUCGCUCUUGAUUAUUAUGGUCGCCAGGUUGAUGGGAUGGUCGCUGAAUUUACUGACAUAAAUCGCGGGAUGGAAAAAACUGGUACAUUUUCCAUGGAUAGCAAAAAACUUUUUCAACUUGUGGGCAAAGCAAAUUCUAAUCUUGCUGAUGUGAUUCUUAAGCUGGGACUUUUUGAGAGAUCAGAUAUUGCUUGGAAAAAUGCCAAGUAUGCUCAGAUAUGGGAAUAUUUAAGAGACGAAUUUGAAUUAACUCAAAGAUUUGCAAGUCUUGAUUUUAAAUUGAAGUUUGUAGAGCAUAAUAUUCGAUUUCUUCAGGAAAUUUUGCAAAAUAGGAAAUCAGACUUCUUGGAAUGGCUGAUCAUUGUGCUGAUUAGUGUUGAAAUAGUUAUAUCUGUAGUUGAUCUUGCUUUGAGGUUAUAAUAUAGAGAACUUUGCUGUAACGUUGCUUCUUUAGUGACCUCAGGGGGUGUAAUUGAGUUUAGUCGAGCUGUUAAGGUUGAACUCGACUGUCUCUAAAAUACGAAACUUGAAAAUCGGAUGUCUAAAAUUGAGUUCGACUUGGCUGGUCUCGAUUAUCUGUACAAGUAUUUAAAAACUAAAUUUUAUAGAAGGAAGGCUAUUGUUGUAAGUAUGUGUAUAUAUAAAGCGUAAAGAGAAAAUUAGUCAAAGCUCGGGCAUGUUGAGUCGACUAUUUUGAUGUUCAAUUCUGACUUCACAGUUGACUCGAGCAGCUUGAACUCAAACUGAAGAAAGAUUAUUUUUGAAUCAAUUUCAAGUUGCAUGUUCGAGGUUUUGGCAACAUACCUCUUUGUAA